GGCGUGCCCGGCAUGCCUUCGAGAACGCGGGAUUCCUGCGGCUGGUCGCACCUCCCCCUAAAUACGCCGAUCUCCCCUGCAGUUCUCACGUGUUGCUUCUUUUCUUAGUAUUUGACCACGAGAGCAAGUGACAACUGUGCCUAGGUGGUUGCCAACUUCCAUUCUCAGGCACUGGGUACAAGUUGAGCUACCUACCUUAGCUUCCACGAACUCGUCUGAUAUCCAGCUAUCCAAGGUUGUCUGUCAGACCUGGACCGCAGCAGUGGCUUGCUUCGUCCGACCUCCCGUCAUUGUCAUUGUCAUUGUCUCGGCCCGCAUCCGCACUUUGGUCAUUACGCAUUUCUGGUGCUUGCUACUAUUUGACUUGAACCCUUCUCUUGAUUUUCCCAUCAACUCCGGCCAACCAUACUUUGUUCCAUCACCCGAGAUCAUAUGGCCACCUCCAUGCUUGACGACGUCCCGCGCUUUGCACGCGCGGGCAUCGAGUCCUUCAGCCCGGAGGACUUUGAGACCGCCUCGAUCCGCUCGAUCCGCUCGGCAGCCCCUUCAUACACCUCCGACGCCCCCUCCUACCACUCUAUCAACCCGCACCCGGAGCCCCUCCCAGCCUACUCGCCACCCGCCCGCUCCACCGCAACAGCCUCAACAUCAGCAGCAACACCAGCAGCAGCCGCACCCCCCCGAAACACCAGCGUCUCCUCGCUCCUCGACCUCGGACCCACCCCAUCCACCACCACCACCUCCUCUUCCUCUUCCUCCACCACCACCUCAACUUCCACCACCACCCCACGCCGGUACGGACUCCCCCCCAUCCCGACCGGACCCCCACGCUCCCAAUCCGACAUCCCCUCCCUCGCACGCUUCCGCACCCCGGCCUGGUCUCCCGCCAGCGGCGGCGCCCACGCCAACCCGACCGCCCGCAUCUACCAGAACGUGGCGCUGCGGCGGGCUAGUGCCAGCGCCAGCAGUGGUAGCAGCAGCGGCGGCAGUAGUGGGAGUGGGAGUGGGAGUGGGAGUGGUGGUGGGAGUGGGAGUAGUUCGGUAGGGGGUGGUGCGGCGGCGGGGGCGAAUUUGGAUGGGUUGAUGCGGCGGGUGAUGCUGGAGCGGAUCGAGGAGGAGGAGGAGCGGCGGAAUAGGGUGCGGCCGCUGGAGGAUCCGUAUCUGGUGGGCGAGGAGGCGGCGGCGAGGGCGAGGGAGGAGAGGAUGGCGAGGGAGAAUCUGCGGGGUGGCGGGGAUGAGGUGCUGCUGAGGGAGGAUCGGAGGUGGGAUUGGUUUUUGGCGCAAAUGAAGGACCGGGAAGAGCGCGAGCACAGCUGGAAGCGCUUCCGCCGCGAUCUGGACAGGCGCUCCAACACCCGGCUUCCGUUCCGUAUCGGCACGCGCUUCUAGGGUUGGCGGCGGGACACGUCUGGUGUAGCAUCAUCAUCCCCAUCAUCCCCAUCAUCUCUUUUUGCGUCGGGAUUAUCGUUUGGGUUUUCUGGUUUGACGUUGAGGGUUGCAAAUUGCUGCAGUCCGCGUUGUCUUUUCUUCAGUUCUUUCUCUCCUUUCAGACCUUCUUGCCCCCAGAGGCUGCAUUGUUUUGCAUUGGGCGGGCGGGUAUCUGCUUUUUUAUCGUGCCGGGUGUUGGGCCGGUUAGCAUGCUGGCCUUGCCAGAUUGUUAUUUUGCGCUCGGUUUUCAUGGCUUGUUGGCAUGGGCAUGUUCGGAGCCGGAUUUGGCAGAGAAUGAUAGCUACCACAUAUUGCACCGUGCAUGGUUCAAAUUGUUCCCCUGUGUCAGUGGGAAUGACGGAUAUCCCGAACACUUACAAAGGUCCAUCCACGGGUCAGAUCAACAGGGCUGGCAGUUGACAACUUGCCAGGCGUAGUGCAAUCG